UAGCGAUAUCAAUAAAAUUAAAGACAAUAAAAAAAGUAAUUCUAUCCCUAGCGAGAUUGGGUUUGUAUUUCUUUUGGAUGGCGUGCCUUUACUUAAGUAACCCAUACCUAUGCAAAAUUUCAAACGCACAUGUUAAAUUAAUAAAAUUCUUUCUUCCUUUUUUUUAUAUGUAAUGUAAGUAAAAUCUGCAUGCGUCACAUGUAUUUAGUGUUGUCUGAAGACGAUUACAUUUCAUGAAUACCACACCACCAAGAAAUUACAAGCCUAAACUCGCUGGGGCAGAAGCACUUCGCUUAUCCUGCUUUAUACGAUGUUCAAAUGAAACAUCAUAAUUAUAAACCAAUCCAAACAAAAAAAGAUAUAUUUUAUAAACUUGUGCCAUCUCUUCGACCGUUGAAAAUGUGGCAAACAGUGGUACUUGUAGCGCUGUGUUACUGCGGCGAAGGGCGAAGACAGUUAAGACAGCCUCUCAGAGUCUUCAGAGGAAUGACAGACGUCCAUAACGAAUUCCCGUUUGCGGUCAGCUUGCAGGACAGUCAAGGGGACAGAUGGUGCACAGGCAGCCUUAUCGCUCUCAACUGGGUUAUCACUGCUGCCCAUUGCAUCCAUAAACAAAAAUAUAUUAUAAGAUAUACAAAUUUCACCAUAAGAAAAGGGAAAAUCAGAGUAGCAAAGGUGCUUAAAAUAAUACUUCAUCCAUCAUUCAUUUAUACAAAAGACGUGCAUGUAAUAUAUAACGAUAUUGCUCUAAUUAAAACUUCAUUUAUUUACAAUAAGACUAUUGGCAGAUUGUCAGCUAUCGAUUACAGGGCCCUUACCGGUCUCGCGGUUAAAUAUGCUGGUUUCGGUGCAACAUCAAAAGACUCGUACGAAUGGCAGUUAGAGGAUGAAUAUAGGCCCUUGCAAGUGGGUGAGGCAGUUGUGAUAAGUCCUUAUAACGAAAACCAAGGUCCAUGUUUAGUUAUUGCACCUAAAUGCUCAAAUCGAGAGCAAGGUAUCCGCGGAGGAGAUUCAGGAGGUCCGUUAAUAUAUGAUGGUAGAAUAGUGGGGGUGGCUAUGUCGUCAUCAAGUCAAGAUAAUAUUGCGCACUACGCAGCCGUCAGCACAUACUUGCAGUGGAUACAUAAUACAAUGAAAAUUCAUGGUUACAAGUUAUCUUGAAGUGGGUAUUGUAUCUGGUUUCGAUUUAAGAAUUUCGUCAGUCAGAAUAUCGUUUGAAGUGAUGGAGUAUGUUUGCAAGAACUGUAGACAGAGGUUUUUCAACGGAGGAGAAAGCACAGUUCCAUUGAGAUUGUGGCACUAAGAACAUAAUUUCCGUGGAGACUAUUACGUUAGCUUCUUAUUAAUUUAUAUUGAAUUGAAAUGUUUUGGUAGUUCUUGGGGGUUGACAUUGUUUACUUCUAUUUUGUGAGAAAAUAUGGCUUCGGGCAUUAACCAUUUCCC